AUGGCCAUGCUUCAGUACGCCUACAAUGCAAAGGAGUAUGGCAAUAAGAGAAACAUUCGUAUCUACUCAGACAGCAGGGCUGCUAUCAUGGCCCUGAAUGGAACAAUGAUCACGUCGCUACUAGUUUGGGAGUGCUUUGAGAUUAUUGGACACAGCGGAAUCCAGGGAAAGGAGAUAUCGGAUAGGCUACCGAAGCUAGCAUCAAAAGAGAAUUUUACUGGACCUGAGCCAGUCGCAGGAAUUUCCAGUAGCUUGAGAAAGUGUGCCAAAGCUCAAUCCAAUAUGAUCGUUCUUUUACAAGCUAUCGUGUCUACAGAACUGGGCGGUGCUGAAGAAAACGGAGGAGGUGGAGGAGAUGGCGGUGAAGAAGGAACAGAUAAAGGAGCAGGAGGUGGAGGAGGAUCAGGUGGUGGAAGUUCAGGUGGAGGAGGUUCAGGUGGAGCAGGUUCAGGUGGAGGAGGUUCAGGUGGAGGAGGAUCAGGUGGAGGAGGAUCAGGUGGAGGAGGAUCAGGUGGAGGAGGAUCAGGCGGAGGAGGAUCAGGUGGAGGAGGAUCAGGUGGAGGAGGAUCAGGUGGAGGAGGAUCAGGCGGAGGAGGAUUAGGUGGAGGAGGAUCAAGUGGAGGAGGUUCCGGUGGAGGAGGAUCGGGUGGAGGAGGAUCAGGUGGAGGAGGAUCAGGUGGAGGAGGAUCAAGUGGAGGAGAAGGAGGUCAUGGCCAAGGUGGUGGCGGAGGUGGUAAUGGAGGUUCCGGCGAAGGUGGUGAAGGAAGUUCAAGUGGAGGUGGUGGAGGAGGAUCAUCUGCAGGAGGGUCUAAUGGACAGUCAUCGGAAGACGGCGGCAAUAGCGCAUUAAUAGCAGGAGCGGUAGGUGCAGCAGGAGGAGCAGGAGCAGCAGGAUUAUACAUGCAUAAAAAAAAUAAAGAUCUAAAGCAACAGUUAAAUGAUCGCGAUGGAUAUGGCGGUAAUCGCGAUGAUGAUAGAUAUGGACAUGGUGGUCAUGGUGAAUAUGAUGAUUAUCGUCAUGGAGGAGCCGACUCUGACAACAGACACGAUGUAGACCUUGGCGGUGCACAAGAUGGCGAAGGGGGUGGAGGAGGAGGCAGUGGCGAAGGAGCAGGUAAUGGAGCAACAGGAGGAGGAGGAUCAGGUGGAGGAGUAUCUGGUGGAGGAGGAUCAAGUGGAGGAGUAUCUGGUGGAGGAGGAUUAAGUGGAGGCGUAUCUGGUGGAGGAGAAGCAGGUGGGGGAGGAGGAGGUUAUUCAGGUGGAGGAGGGGGAGGUUAUGCCGAUGGGGGAGGGGGUGGUUAUGUAGGAGGAGGGGGAGGGGGUUCUGACGGAGGUGGUGGGGGCAGUUAUGCCGAUAGUGGUGGAGGAGGAGGUGGUGGAGGAUCAUCAGCUGGAGGUUCUGAAGGACAAGCUUCGAAUGGUAAUAGCCAGAGCUCAUUAACAGCCGGAUUAAUAGGAGCAUUAGGAGGAGCAGUAGCAGCAGGAGGAAUAGGGUAUAGAAAAAAUAGAAAGCUAAAAAAACAAUUAAAUGUUAAUGAUGGAUAUGGUCAUAAUGGAUAUGGUCAUGAUGGAUAUGGUCAUAAUAGACAUGACCAUUAUGAUGAUGAUGAUGAUAAUGAUAGAUACGGACACGGUCGACAAGGUGGUCAUGGUGGACAAGAUGAUUAUCGUGGAGAAAAUGGUGCUGGGUAUGGUCGACAAGAUGAUCAUCGUGGAGAAAAUGGUGCUGGUCGUGGUGAAGUCGAUCAUGACCACAAAGGUAAUGCCUCUGGUGAGAAAGAUCAUCCUCCGGGUGUACGUAAAGUUGUGCAUCAUCAUGUUACUUAUGCGCGGGAACAAGAAGAAGUCCGGAGGGGACAGGUCUGGGUUGUAGGGAGGGUGGGGAAGCACAGGAACCCCCAUCUUGGCCAAUGCAGAGGUGCAGAGGAAGGCGGUGUGCGCCGGCCCAUUGUCGUGAUGAAGGGUCCAAUUUUUGACGAGGUCGGGCCGAACCCGGGCGACGCGGUUUUUCAGCCGAAGGAGCACUUCUUUGUAAAAUGCCGCGUUUACAGUGCUUCCUGGAGGUACAAACUCCUUGUGGACGAUGCCUCGAGAGUCGAAAAAGAUGAUCAGCAUGGUUUUGACUCCAACGAUCGCUGCAUUUUCGCCACUGCAAAAUCGUAA